GUCUGCAGUCUCUGGCCAUCUCCUGUACCAUGUCGGCAGUCUCUGGCCAUCUCCUGUACCAUGUCGGCAGUCUCUGGCCAUCUCCUGUACCAUGUCUGCAGUCGCUGGUCAUCUCCUGUAGUACAUCCGCAGUCUCUGGUAAUUUCCUGUACUAUGUCGGCAGUCUCUGGCCAUCUCCUGUACUAUGUCGGCAGUCUCUGGCCAUCUCCUGUACUAUGUCUGCAGUCUCUGGCCAUCUCCUGUACCAUGUCGGCAGUCUCUGGCCAUCUCCUGUACCAUGUCGGCAGUCUCUGGCCAUCUCCUGUACCAUGUCGGCAGUCUUUGGCCAUCUCCUGUACCAUGUCGGCAGUCUCUGGCCAUCUCCUGUACCAUGUCGGCAGUCUCUGGCCAUCUCCUGUACCAUGUCGGCAGUCUCUGGCCAUCUCCUGUACCAUGUCAGCAGUCUCUGGCCAUCUCCUGUACCAUGUCGGCAGUCUCUGUCCAUCUCCUGUACCAUGCCUGCAGUCUUUGGCCAUCUCCUGUACUAUGUCUGCAGUCUAUGGUCAUCUCCUGUACUAUGUCUGCAG